AAGAGGUUGAAACACCUUCCCAGCAAGGAAAGGUCGAGGUUGUUUGGAGCUUACAAAACUAUGCCCAGUACAAGAAACAUGGAGAGUGAUUUUUUGCCAGCUCUCUUAAUGCUGGAACUUGAGGUUACAUCUAGUGAAACUGAGCAGUAGCAGAUUUCAAGAUAGACCUCACACAAUGCAUAAAUUAAGAGAAUUUUCCACCACUGGCUGUGGUGAUGACACUGCAAAGGGUUUGACAAAUUUAUGGAUAAUGGAAUUGCUAUCAGCCAACAAACAACUAAAUGAGGACAGUCUACUUCUGAACCAAAGGAUAGAAGUCUCAGAACAUGCCCUGUGUAUCAAUUUCCAAAGGCCUCUUUGGGGGGGGGAAUGCUGAACUGGAUGAGACCUUUAAUCUGAUUCAGCAGGGUCACUUUCCCCUCAAUCUUGAUAUACAAGCAACAGAAAAUAAUACUCCCAUCGCCUGCCCUGCUCCUUGCUACCUGUAUUGCAACCCAGGUCACCUCCUUUGCCUCGGACUAUGUUUGUUCAUUUGAAAAGCAGCAGGCAAGUCUGGACUUGCACCUGGCCACUUCAGGCAUGACCAGAGAAGCCGAAGAGACAGUGCGCCUUUGUGUUCAUGAAUAGACCUGAAAGGGGGGAGGGAGAGGAUAGUAGUGCUCCCUUGAAAAUGACACAUCAGCUGACCUGCUCUCAUAGUAGCCAGAAAUAAAACAUUACAGGCAAAACACCAGCACAUAGCACAGCCAAAAGGACAGUUGGUUCUACCACCUGCAUUCAGAGGCACUGUUGGUCUGAAUUUCCAAGUCUUAGAGAUGUGUCUCUAGAUUGCUUUUGCAACAGAGAAGGGGCUGUUUAUGCAUCAUGACUUCUGGAAUAAUGCCUCUUAGCAGUCAAGUCUGGGCUGAGGGCCAGUGUCUUUAUUCAGACACCUACCUGGCCAAACUCCUAGAGGGGCUGGGGAACCUGCGCUCACAAAACGCCCUGUGUGAUGUGACACUGGAGGCGGAGGGAGACUCUUUCCCUGCCCAUAAAGUUAUUCUGGCUUCUGUCAGCAGCUAUUGCAAGAUGUACUUUCUCAAGGACGCUGUCAGCCAAGACGCCAACAUCAAACUGGCAUCAGUCACUGCACGGGGCCUCCGUAACAUUUUGGAUUUCAUUUACUCUAACAAGCUGGAGCUGACCCUCCAGAACGUCGAGGAGACUUUCAAGGCAGCGGAAGUGCUGCUGGUCCGGGAGGUGAUUCUGCUGUGCUUUCAGUUUUUGGGGGACAGCUUGAAUCAACACACCUGCCUGGAAAUCCUCAACAUUGCAAAAAAGUUUGGACCGGAAGGGUUGAAGCAGAAAGCCAGCAGCUGUGUGGGCCAGCAUUGCUGUCAGAUCCUGACAGAUCCAUUGAGCCUGAAAAAGCUGGACGGGGAUACUCUAAAGGAGAUCUUGGAGGGAGCACAGACUGAGGCCCUCAGUGAACUGGAACUGUUCCAUGCAGCAGCGUGCUGGCUACAAUAUGACAGCACUCGCCUGAAAGAUGCAGCCGACAUAUUAGGGCGCAUACGGUUCCCCCUUAUCCCUUUGCGAGAUCUGCAGAAAGUUGUCCAGGAAACACCAAUUAUGAAGACUGAACCUACUUGCCGCCGGUACCUUCAGGAGGCCCUGGACUAUCACUCUCAGCUGUAUGCUCAGCCAACACUCCAGACCGAGCGUACAAAGAUUCGUGCUGGCACUGAAACACUGCUCAUCCUUGGAGGCAGAACGGCAGACAAUGCAAUCUGUAGAGAAGUAUGGGCUGCUGAUCAGAGUUGGCAUUUGUGGGAAAAGAUAGGGGACCUCUGUAGUCCUGUCUACAACCACUGUGUUGCAUUGAUCCACGACUUUGUCUUUGUGAUGGGAGGACAGGGCAAGUUUGACCCUACAGGACAACAUCCAUCAAAUGAGGUGUUCAGGUUUGACCCUCGUCAUAAUUCAUGGCUCCAAGUGGCAAGCAUGCUGGAUCGGCGGACUCGCUUCCAUGCAGAUGUGUUGAAUGACCACCUUGUGGCUGUUGGGGGAGGAGCAUUGCUGGGGACUCUCACCAAUGCAGCAGAGGAGUACCGGCCUGCAGAGAAUGAGUGGCGGCCCAUCACACCUUUCCCAGUGCCUGUGGCUGAUCACGCAGGAGCAACCCACAAGGGGAUCCUCUACAUUUCAGGUGGAUUCUCUGCUGGCAAAACCUCCUGUGACACAUACAGCUACCUUUCUCGCCUGCGUCGUUGGAUUAGGAACCGGCCGAUGACUUUUGCCCGGUGUGACCAUGGAAUGGCAACAGUUGAAAACAGAAUCUUUUGCAUUGGAGGAAGGACGUUGAACAAUGCAGAGGACUGGAUUCCUGUCAAUGAGAUGGAGUCUUACUGCCCCGUCACCGAUCAGUGGACCCUGCUCAAUCUCUCACCCUUUGAUCGUUGCCAGUUUGGCCUGGUUGCACACCAGUCUCAACUGUAUAUCACAGGCGGUGGAUCCCUGCAGCACAGGAAUAAAGAUGAUGGCAUCUUUGUCUGCAACCCUGGCAGAAAAGUGUGGGAGAAGGCUGGUUCCUUGCCCCAGGCACUGGUGGAUCACGCCUGCUGCUUUGUUCGGUUUUCUCAUCGGACUGAGGGGAAGCAGCAAAAGCCAAAAGCACUUGAGCCUGCGCCCACCAGCAAAAAGAAAUCCACCCUCAGCCUUUUCAUCACCAACAAAUAUGCUCUUUAGAGAGGGAGACAAUUUAGGAAAAAUCCAACAGUAAGCUCGCCUUCUGAAAUGAGCAGGAACAGCAAAAUGUAUUCCAAACAUGCACAACUCCCUCUCUGGGAAAAAUUCAGCAUUCACAUAGGUUUUGGAAGGGAUGUCAGACUGAAACUCACCACUAAUUGCUGCUAAGCCUCUGAGUCGGUCCUGGUUUGCCAGAAUCAGUUCACAG